UGCCCUCCGAUAAAAAGUAGCUCAUUGCAGGGUAGGCUUUAAAUCGCAGCCACGCCUCCCGGAUUGCUGCAGAGACGUUGCCUUUAAGGACCGGGUCCGGGAUUUUAACAGCACCGUCUUUCUUCUCGUUAAAGGGCAUCUGGUUCUGAUUCACCGGCCGUCGCAAGGCGCUCACGUUCUGCAUUGCAUCGGCUUACCGGAGCUGUCAAUCUCCCCAAGCCUUAGGGCAAUACAGGUGGGGCAUCUUGGACAGUCAGGAUGGUGUCCUGGAUCAUCUCCCGGCUGGUGGUGUUGGUAUUUGGCACGUUGUAUCCAGCGUACUCAUCAUACAAAGCAGUAAAGACUAAAAAUGUCAAAGAAUAUGUAAAAUGGAUGAUGUAUUGGAUUGUCUUUGCCUUUUUCACUACUGCUGAAACGCUCACAGAUAUUAUCCUCUCUUGGUUUCCUUUUUAUUUUGAGUUAAAAAUUGCUUUUGUGAUUUGGCUGCUGUCUCCGUACACUAAAGGGUCUAGUGUACUCUACAGAAAAUUUGUCCACCCAACGCUCUCCAGUAAGGAAAAGGAAAUUGAUGAGUAUAUAGCUCAGGCGCGGGACAAGAGCUAUGAGACAAUGAUGCGUGUUGGUAAAAGAGGUUUGAACCUUGCUGCAAAUGCUGCCGUAACAGCUGCUACUAAGGGACAAGGUGUGUUAUCAGAAAAGUUGCGUAGCUUCAGCAUGCAGGACUUGACCUUGAUUCAAGAUGAUGAUGCUGUCCACUUACAGAGUCCAGAGCCACGGAUACGCAGUGCUUCCAGUGGGCAUGUGGAAACCGUUGUGGAUUCAGUACCAUCUAUAUGUGUAGCUCCCGAGGAUCAGCGGCAGAGUGUGAAAUCUGACGGAGAGCUGUCUGACACAAAGACUGAACAAUCAGAUGAAGAUGCCAUAGAGAAAGUGCCCAAACGCACAGCUAGUGUUAAAAGUGUCAAAAAAGUAACAAAAGCAGAGCCACAGGCCAAGAACCUAAAAAUGCGCCCUAAGAAGAAAGCCACAGCAUCCAGUGUGUCUGGAGAGUCUGCGUGAAGAUGGCUAACCAUGUCUGUCUGCAUUUAAUAUUCACUCUUCUCUUUUAAACCGUUUGAGGACUUUGUGCCUCAGAAGCAACGGCAAGUACUUAGGAUCCUACAUGCAAUGGGUCGGUAUCUGCAAGAAAAAUGUUUAUUAACAAACUAGAAAUAGUUUACAAAGCCACAUUUGAGAUGUGCUAUACACCUUAUAUUAUGCUGUGCUGGAAUCCACUUCAGAGAAGCUGACUUUGUUAUAUACACAAUUUACCGUUAUUAAUGGACUUAAAUAUUCACAAAUUGUUAUAAGCGCUAAAAUAGUUAGAAUUCACGAACCAGAGGAGCAGAGCUUCCUUAUACGACUGUACCAAUGAUUUUAAAAAGGCAGAGGAGCCAGAAACCCACUGCGUUUGGUUAUGUAUCUUAAAUCGGACACUUAGGAAAAAAAUCACAACAGAAAUUCUUCUAUUUUACAGUUUUUACUUACCUGAAUAUAUACCAGGAUCCUUCGAGAAAUUUGGCAUCAGGCGCUCCUCAUGCUUGGGGUGAAAACCAAAAAAGCCGGUUAAGAAGCAACAUUAAAAAAAA